AUGGCGGCCAAAGUGCGUCAUCUCGUCGUUACCAUUCCCCUGCUGCUCCUCCUCGUAUCGGUUGUCCUUGCCGCCAACAAUCCGUCCACCACAAGGCCUGUUGCCAGACGCGCCAGCAAUCGUACGGCAGCUGCGCGCCGCUCUCCACCGGUGCCACCCGCGGGAAGCCCGGCGGGCCGAUCGAAGCAACGGGGAAGCACGGCGCGCACGCCCGCUCCUCCCACGAGGAAGCGCACAAGCCCGUCGACUGGCACUCCGACGCGGAGCCCCGUAGCGGCCAAGGGAGGGCGCAAGGUGCGCGUUCCGCGGGCUGGUACGACAGCACCGAGCAGCAGCCUGAGCCUGAUCAAGCUGCCCAAUAACCGCUACAACGCCAAGUGCCUAGAUGGCAGCCCGCCCACGUAUUACCUGCGCACGGGGUACGGCUCGGGCGCGAGCUCGUGGGUGAUCUACCUGCAGGGCGGCGGCUGGUGCACGUCCGUCACCGCAUGCGCGGCGCGCGCAAAGACGGUGCUCGGCAGCUCCAACUUUUACCCGCCGCCGUCCGAUCCCAACUUCGACAAGACCAUGCGCGACUACGGCAACGCGUUCACGGGCAUUCUGAGCAACAGCUCCACGGAGAACCCCGACUUCUACAACUGGAACCUCGCCAUGGUCGUCUACUGUGACGGCGGCGGCUUCGCCGGCACGCGCCGUCAGUACGACCUGCCCACCGGCGGGUCCAUCUACCUGGACGGCGCGCGGGUGUUCAAGUCCGUGCUGGAAGACCUUUACGAGCGCGGGUUGCUGCAGGCGCGCAAGGUGCUGUUCACGGGGUGCUCUGCGGGCGCGCAGGCGGUGUCGUCGAUGUGCGACCGCGUGGCGACGUACUUGCCGCCGGGAUCCGUCAAGUGCAUGAUGGACGCCGGCUUCUUCCUCGACGGGUGGGACGUGACGGGGCGCAUGUACUUCCGCGACCUGUCCAUGCGCUUCACGGAGCUGCACCGCCCCGCCGUCGAGCAGGGCUGCGGCGAUGCGUACACGGGGUCGACAGAGUACUGGCGGUGCUUCUUCCCGCAGUACAACGUGGAGUUCAUCGACACGCCGCUCUACAUCGUCAACUCCAUCAAUGACUACGCCGCCAUCGAGAUCCUCAACUACGCGCAGAACACCUCCAAUAAUGUCCUCAAGUGCCUCGCUGAGCUCGCUCCCAACGGCGGCAGUGGGGGUUACGUGCCGCGUGCUACCCGCAACCUGCUGGCCAGCGCAGCGGCGGGAGCAAGGGCGGGGCGUACUAGCAGGAGCAGUGCCGGCAGUAGGCCGGCGGCAAGCAACUCGUCGUGCACGGUACAGGCCCAGGCGGCGCUGAAGAGUUACUCCACGCGCAUGCUCAAGCCCAAAAUGGUGAAGUUUACGUUCGAGGAUUUGCGCGCGAUCAUGGACAAGAAGAACAACAUCCGUAACAUGUCCGUGAUUGCGCACGUGGACCACGGCAAGUCGACUCUCACCGACUCGCUCGUGGCUGCUGCUGGUAUCAUCGCGCAGGAGACUGCCGGUGACGUCCGUCUAACAGAUACUCGCGCCGAUGAGGCCGAGCGCGGUAUUACCAUCAAGUCCACUGGCAUCUCGCUCUACUACCAGAUGACUGAGGAGGAGCUGGAGGGUCUGGAAGGCGUUAGGGACGGCAACGAGUACCUGAUCAACCUGAUUGAUUCGCCCGGUCACGUUGACUUCUCGUCCGAGGUCACUGCUGCUCUUCGUAUCACUGACGGUGCGCUCGUCGUCGUGGAUUGCAUCGAGGGUGUGUGCGUGCAGACCGAGACCGUGCUGCGCCAGGCCCUUGGUGAGCGUAUCCGGCCAGUCCUUACCGUGAACAAGAUGGAUCGCUGCUUUCUGGAGCUGCAGCUCGACGGCGAGGAGGCUUACCAGACGUUCCGUCGUGUGAUUGAGAACAGCAACGUCAUCAUGGCCACCUACGAGGACAAGCUGCUCGGCGACGUCAUGGUUGCACCCGAGAAGGGUACCGUGGCGUUCUCCGCCGGUCUGCACGGGUGGGCGUUCACGCUGACCAACUUCGCCAAGAUGUACGCUGACAAAUUCAAGGUUGACCGCAAGAAGAUGAUGGAGCGCCUGUGGGGUGAGAACUUCUUCGAUACCGCCACCAAGAAGUGGACCACCAAGAACACCGGCUCCCCCACUUGCUCUCGUGGUUUCGUCCAGUUCUGCUACAACCCCAUCAAGCAGGUUAUCUCGGCGGCGAUGAACGACGAGAAGACGAAGCUGUUCCCCAUGCUCGAGAAGCUCCACGCCGUGCUGCCCAGCGACGCCAAGGAGCUGUCCGGCAAGCCGCUCAUGAAGCGUACCAUGCAGGCGUGGCUGCCCGCGCAGGCGGCGCUGCUGGAGAUGAUGAUCUUCCACCUGCCGUCGCCCGCCAAGGCGCAGAAGUACCGUGUGGAGAACCUGUACGAGGGUCCCCUGGACGACCAGUACGCCAAUGCCAUCCGCAACUGCGACCCCGAGGGCCCGCUCAUGCUCUACGUGUCUAAGAUGAUUCCCGCCUCUGACAAAGGUCGCUUCUUCGCCUUCGGUCGUGUGUUCGCCGGUAAGGUGGCGACGGGCAUGAAGGUGCGCAUCAUGGGCCCCAACUACGUGCCCGGCAGCAAGAAGGACCUGUACGUCAAGUCCGUGCAGCGUACCGUCGUGUGGAUGGGUCGCAAGCAGGAGUCGGUGGAGGACGUGCCUUGCGGUAACACGGUGGCCAUGGUGGGGCUGGAUCAGUUCAUCACCAAGAACGCCACGCUCACUGGCGAGAAGGAGGUGGACGCGCACCCCAUCAAGGCCAUGAAGUUCUCGGUGUCACCCGUCGUGCGUGUGGCCGUGCAGUGCAAGGUGGCAUCUGACCUGCCCAAGCUGGUGGAGGGGCUGAAGCGUCUGAGCAAGAGUGACCCCAUGGUGGUGUGCUCCAUUGAGGAGAGCGGCGAGCACAUUGUCGCUGGUGCUGGCGAGCUUCAUCUUGAGAUUUGCCUCAAGGAUCUCCAGGACGACUUCAUGGGAGGGGCUGAGAUCAUCAUCUCGGACCCUGUGGUGUCCUUCCGCGAGACUGUGCUGGACCACUCUGAGCGCACCGUCAUGGCCAAGUCGCCCAACAAGCACAACAGGCUCUACUUCCAGGCCAGGCCUCUGGAGGACGGUCUUGCUGAGGCCAUUGACGAUGGCCGCGUUGGCCCCCGCGACGACCCCAAGGGCCGCGUUGAGAUCCUCACCAAGGAGUUCGGCUGGGACAAGGAAAUUGCUCGCAAGAUUUGGUGCUUCGGGCCCGACACCAUGGGGCCUAACAUCAUUGUUGACAUGUGUAAGGGAGUGCAGUACCUGUCUGAAAUCAGGGAGCACGUGGUGGCGGGUUUCCAGUGGGCCAGCAAGGAGGGUGCUCUGGCGGAGGAGAACAUGCGUGGCAUUGCGUUCGAGCUGUACGAUGUGGUGCUGCACACUGACGCCAUCCAUCGUGGUGGUGGCCAGCUCAUUCCCACGGCUCGCCGUGUGUUCUAUGCCGCGCAGCUCACGGCCAAGCCGCGCCUGCUGGAGCCCGUGUACCUGGUGGAGAUCCAGGCGCCCGAGGGUGCUCUCGGUGGCAUCUACUCCACGCUGAAUCAGAAGCGUGGCCAGGUGUUCGAGGAGAUGCAGAGGCCGGGCACGCCCCUGUACAACAUCAAGGCGCAUCUGCCUGUCAUUGAGAGCUUUGGCUUCUCUGCUCAGCUUCGUGCUGCCACGUCUGGGCAAGCGUUCCCCCAGUGCGUGUUUGACCACUGGGAAAUGCUCAUGUCGGAUCCCCUGGAGCAAGGCACCCAGGCCUUUAAGAUUGUUGAGGAUAUCCGCAAGCGCAAGGGCAUCAAGCUUCAGCCUCCUCCCCUCUCCGAGUGGGAGGACAAGCUGUAA